GCUUUGCCAGUAGCACCCACGACGUCUCGGGUAUAAAACUUCCUGUGUGAGUUUCACACAGUCGUAACGAGUUGCGUUUUUAAAACAAUGAAAUACGCAGUGGUUAUUCUUGCCUUUUUCGCUGUUCAAGGCAUUCGAUGUCAGAACUGCACUCGUACAAAUCGCCAGCCCAAAGUUUGCUCGAAACCCUGUGAUCCCGCUCAGGAUGACUGCAAAGGUAACAGAGACUGUGUGUGUGAUGGGGAUUGCGGCUACAGUUGCGUCAAACGAGAUCUACAUUGCCCAAGACUAACUAUAGACAACGGGCGGGUCCGUUACAAAAACGACACGCUUGGCUCGGUUGCAAGAUAUCGGUGCACCUCUCCAUAUAUAGCUUUUGGCUCCAAGAAGAGAACUUGCAGAGGAAACGGUCAAUGGGAUGGGGAAAAGCCAACCUGCAAGCUGAUCUGUACAGACCCAGGCAACAUCCAACACGGAAAAAAAUCUCACGAUGGCUUCGAAUCUGGAAAAAAGGUAAAAUACAGUUGCUUCCCAGGUUUCACAAUGGAAGGGAGCAACACCUUAACAUGCACAAGAACCGGAGUUUGGGACAAAGUAAAGCCAAGCUGCACAUGCAAGAGAACUAAUAAACAAGCUUUCCGGUACUGCAGAAAGUCAUGUAAUCCAGAUUCAGGCAGUUGUAGUAAAGACAAGGAAUGCGUUUGUGAUGGGGACUGUGGUUACAGCUGUCUUCCGAAAGCCAUAGACUGUGGAAAACCAACAGAAAUAGACAAUGGCAGACGACAAUAUUCCUCCACCACGUUUGGGUCCACUGUCAGUUACCAAUGCGACAAACCUUACUCAUUGCUUGGGUCCAAGAAACGGACUUGUCGUGGAAUAAGGAGGUGGGACGGAACAGAACCAUCCUGCAAAAUCAUCUGCCAGGAUCCAGGAGGUGUUACCAAUGGAAAUAAGCAGAUAUUCCGUCGAAAUCUCGAUGAGGAUUAUGUAGCAGUAGGAGAUAGAGCGGAAUACAACUGUUUCCCAGGUUACAAGAUGGAGGGCUCAAGAUAUCUUACUUGCACUAAUUCGGGAGAAUGGAAUCGAGCCAAGCCAAAAUGCGUAUUACCAUCUUGUGGCCCUCCGGAACUUCCGAAAAAUUCUGAGCUACGAGGAUCUAAGAAAUCUUCAUACAAGUACUCGGAAAAAGUAUUCCUCAGGUGCAAGAGUGGGUACUUCUCCACAGGGAUAGGACUGCUGAGUUGUAGCUUGGAAGGAUGGACUGGCCCUUCUUUUACUUGCUCACCAAAAAGUUGUGGAAACCCUGGGAUCCCUGAAAACGGAAAGCUGAAGUCUUACAUCUUUACCUUCAAAAGCAGAGUCGAUUUUGAUUGUAAUCAUGGUUACAAACUGGUCGGAGACAAGUACCGGCAAUGCCAAGCGAACCAGAGUUGGACUGGGAGGUCGCCAACCUGUGAACGUAAAUACAUUGACGAUGUUACUUUACAGCGUUCAAGGUCAAAGUGAUAGAGUUGUCAGCGUGGCUAGUCUAACCUCAUUUUUUUGCGUGUGUGUUUUGAAUUUAUUUCAUUUUGCCUAUAGUUGCAAAAAACAUUUCUACGGUAUUUUG